AUGCGAACCGACCAAUUCCUUGCCCACCACGGCGUGACGCGGAACCCGUUCGCCGAAGAGGACGCGCAGACCGACCAGGUCUUCAAAGCGCUCUGCGUCGACGUGCGCCAUCCCGCUUGGGACAAGGUCUACGGCGACCCGGCCGAUCCGGCGACGUCGCUCGUGUUCGGCGAGAAGGGCGCCGGCAAGACCGCGAUGCGGCUGCAGGUCGCCGAGGCGAUCGAGCGGCACAACGACGCUUGCGCGGCGGACGCCGACCCACCAGGGCGGGUCUGGGUCGUUGAGUACGACGAUUUCAACCCGCUGCUCGACCGCUUCGCCGACCGCCUGCCGGCUCGCAAGGGACGCGACGCGACGCGGGUGCUCGAGGAGUGGAAGCUGUGGGACCACAUGGACGGCGUCCUUUCGAUUGCCGUCACGGACCUCUUGUCGUCCAUCGCCAUCGGCGCGCUGAUCGGUUACUUCCAGGCCUGGGACUACCUGUCUUGGUACUUGACGUACCUGGUCGCUUUCGCCGGCUGGGUCCCGUACUGGGUCAAGUGGGCGCACCGCAAGCUGCUCGCCCGCGGUAUCGCGAAGAACGUCCGCGUGUUGCGGCGUGACCGCACGAUGACCGACCUCUUGAUGCGGUUGCGUUCGCAAGACCUCGAGAACCAGCCGCUGCCGAACAAGCCGCGGACCGACGACCGUUACGAGCUGCUCGGCAAGCUGCAGGGAGUGCUCCGAGCGCUGGGCUACGGCGGCGUCAUGGUGUUGGUCGACCGGGUCGACGAGCCGCACCUCUUGGGCGGGCGGGUCGAGCACAUCCGCGACUUCGUCUGGUCGAUGCUCGACAACAAGUUCCUCCGCCAGCCCGGCAUCGGCUUCAAGCUGCUGCUGCCGGCCGAGCUGCUGGAGCAUCUCAACCGCGAAGACCGCGACUUCCACCAACGGGCCCGGCUCGACAAACAGAACGUCGUCCCGUCGCUCGAUUGGACCGCCGACUCGCUGCGCGACCUGGCGGCAGCUCGGCUCGCGGCGUGCUCGGCCGAGGGCGCGACGCCGACGCUCCGCGACAUGAUCGACCCGGCGGUCUCCGACUCCCGGAUCGCCGAGGCGUUGCGGACCCUCCGCACGCCGCGGCACCUGUUCAAGUUCCUUUUCCGGCUGAUUUCGACCCACUGCAACACGCACACCGAGUCGGACCCGGUCUGGCGGGUCGGGCCGGAGACGUUCGAAGCGGUCCUGGCCGUCUACGCACGUGAACAGGCGUCAAUCGACCGCGGGCUUUCUGCUAGCUGA